AUGAAGCUCUCAUCAUGUUGCGCGGCCGCGCUGGCGGCCCUGACGGCGUCCGCCAGGAAGACAAACUCAUCGUCCCCACAUGACUUCUUCUACAAGGGCCACGACCUGUCGUCCCUUGGCACGAUGGAGGCCUCGGACAACUUCUACGUCGAUACGGCCCGGGGCAACCUAACCCGCCCGGCCGACGACAUCCUGGCGGACGGCGGCAUGAACGGCGUGAGGCUGCGGCUCUGGGUCGACCCGGAGGGCGGUACCAACGGUUUCGAGUACACGCUUGCCCUCGCGCAGCGCCUCCAGGCAAAAGGCCAGCGGCUCUACCUCGACUUCCACUUUACCGACAGCUGGGCGGAUCCACAGGAGCAGCCCGUUCCCGCGGCGUGGCCCACGCCGGACCAAGGUGUUGACGCCCUGGCCGAGACGCUGAGAUCCUACGUGAACGACACCCUGGUGGCGUUUUCCGAGGCCGGCGUCCACUUGGACAUCGUCGCGCUCGGGAACGAGGUGCGCCACGGCAUCCUGUGGCCCCUAGGCUACGUUGACGUCGACACGGACGACGCCGACCUCGCCGCCAACUUCACCAACCUCGCGACGCUGUACACGGCGGCGCGCCAAGGGGUAGACGACGCGGUCGCGGCGGGGGGGCACGGGAGGAGGAAAGGCCACGCCCGCCGCCCGCAGAUCAUGAUCCACGUCGACAACGGGUGGAACCUGACGCUGCAGCAGCGGUGGUACGGAGCCCUCGAGGCCAACGGCGUGCCCAGGAGCGCCUGGGAUUUGUUCGGCGUCAGUUUCUACCCCUUCUACGGCACUUCCGCCACCCUCGCCAACCUGCGCGACACGCUCGGCUGGCUGGCGGGCGAGUACGGCAGGCAGGUGCACGUCGCCGAGACGGACUACCCUGCCAUCUGCAACGGCCAGUACAACCCGAUCCCGGAGCCGUCCGAGCCCGAGGUCCCGUACAACGUCGACGGCCAGAUCGAGUGGAUGCACGAGGUCGUCAGCGUGGUGAGGGACGUGCCGGACGGCCUGGGCCGCGGCGUGUGGUACUGGGAGCCGGCGUGGCUGAAUAACACGUCGCUUGGGAGCGCGUGCGAGGACGCCAUCUUGUUCCGGCCGGACUAUAGCGGGUGGCCAAAGACGGUUGGGUACUCGCGGCCGUCUACAGAUUUUUAUUUGGGUGUGUAG